CUUCGCUUUGAGCUUUGUACGACGCAAAAGCCCGGGAACAAACAACAAGCAUUUGACAGCGCAUCGUUCGUAAGUUCGUAAACAUGCUGAGGCGUCAACGAGGUAAAAAGCGCAAAAAGCAAUACCUUGAGAAGGAUCAACCGUUCGAGGUUCCGCGGUCGACGCUUUAUCACAGAAGACAAAGACCGUCAGCAGCUAACAAUAAUGACCGACUAGCAGCAUCCCGCCAUGAAGCCGCAAGUGAGGCUACAUCCUCUGUAGAAUCAGUGAAUCUGAACUCAUCUGAACGUCACCCUUCACCAUGUGUUGUACCUGAAAUCGUCCACGCAUCUUCCAGGGAUGAGGAUUGCAGCAGUGGUUGCGCAAGUGAUGACACUGCUGUUGAUGAGUUGAGUGAAUGUGAAACUGAUCAUGAAACCCAUAGAGAUCAGUGUGACACCUCGACAAACAUACCUGAUUUCACGCGAGGCGAGGUACUCGCUGAUGCCUUUCAAGAGUAUGGUGAGAGCACAUUGCCAAACUCAAAGAAAAGAAGGUGGAAGCCACCUCAAUGAUCAUGUCAUUCAUUGUUGCACAUGGAUUAACGUGGACAGCUGUGGGUGACCUCCUCAACCUUGUUAAUGCACUAUUUGAUAGCAACGAUGUUCUUCCACACAGCAAGUACAUGCUUCGAAAGGUAUGGACGGCACGAAAAUGCAAGUUUGUGAGACAUCAUUUCUACUGUGAACAUUGCAAAACACUCCUAGUUGAAGGAGCAGAUGGUGAAAACCUUGCCUGUCCCACCUGUAGGUUGUCACGUGACCAGACAGAGUCAAAAAAUACAGGUCACUUUUUCAGUAUCCUUAACUUUGAGCACCAAGUGAAGAACGUUAUCUCCAGAAAUGCUGAUGCUCUCUAUACAAACCUGAACAAACUUGACCAGGACAGGACAAAGGAUGAAAUAACGGACAUCACAAGUGGGUCGGUGCAUAGAAAGUUGCAUAAAGAUGGACAUCUGGGAUGGUCUGACAUCACGAUAACGUUCAACACUGACGGGAGUCCGCUAUACAAGUCCUCCAAAAUGUCUGUUUGGCCAAUUCAAUUUAUAGUGAAUGAGUUGCCACCUGCAAUUAGGUUUCAGAACUGCGUAGUCGGUGGACUUUGGUUUGGCAAAACACAUCCCAAUAUGGUUAUCUUUAUGGAGAAGUUUGCAGAAGAAGUCAACUCCACGCCCUUGUUGGACUGGCAUUACAAUGGCGAUAAUUUGUCAUCACGGGUAUCUGUGUUGAGCUGCUGUGUAGACUCACCAGCACGCGCGGCUGUGCAGAAUCACAUGCUUUUUAGCGGAUAUUUCUCAUGCCCAUGGUGCUUCAUCAAAGAGAGCGUAUAGAUGGUACUAUGAGGUUUCCUGAGACUGCCCCAGUUGGUGAGAGAACACCACGUGGAGUGACGAGGGACAUGCAGCUGGCUCUGAAGUAUGGUCGUCCAGUUAAUGGAAUCAAGGGGCCUUCGGCACUUGUAAACCUGUUGCACUACGACGUUGUUUGGGGACAGAGUGUAGACUACAUGCACUGCGUCCUUCUUGGUGUGACCAAACAUCUGACGGAAAUUGUUUUAUCUUCAGUGAGCCAGGGAAGUGUUAACUCUGCCCAUCAAGUUAUCAACAACCGCCUCCUGAACAUAAAGCCUCCUCACUGUUUCACGAGAUUACCGAGGUCCUUGGAAGAACGCAGUUUCUGGAAAGCCAGCGAGUGGAGGCAUUGGCUUCUCUUCUAUUGCCUUCCUUGUACACUUGGUGUCAUUCCGCAACAGCACUGGUUACAACUGCGAAGACUUGCAGAAGCUGUCCAUGUUCUCCUGCUCAGAAACCUAACUCACUGCUCGGCAGUGAGCUCAAAGCUGCAGCAUGCUGGUAAGCUUUGGACUUUUCCUAACACAGCCAUGUGGAAUGCUUGAAAAAUAUAAUCUUGUGCUGUACACGCAAAUGAUGCACAAAAUAAUUUACCUAGCCUAGCAGUUGCUCCAUCUCAACGGUAUCUCAAUUGUCACAACAGACAUCACCAACCCAAUUUCUAUAUUGCAACACAUUAAGUAACAC